UACAAUAACGUAUAAAUAGCUUUACACCUCUCUGUCCUGGGCAUUUGGCCUUUUCAUACUUCCAGAUUAAUAAUGCUUUGUAAAAUACUAAAAUAAAAUGCCAAAAGGGACGCUAGGGACAUGCCUCAUUGUGGCGUUGUGCUUAUUUCAGGGAUGUGAUGCGGUCCUGAUCGAUUGGUCAGAACCAGGCGCUAUAAACACAUCAAGUGGCACUAUCACAAUCGCUACCGCAAAUGGAGCACAUGAAAACAUCACUGCUGGAACAGCGCUGUUUAAUGCCACUGCAACUGCUAAUGGUACCGUCUCCUAUGAGCUUGUUGACGAUGCAAGUGGGAAAGGAACAAUUGUCCCUGCAACUGGUGUAGUGUCCUUGGCUACCGGCCAGUCGCUUGAUUAUGAGACAGCUAUGACACUCGUCUUUAUAGUAAAAGGCACAGAUGCUACCGAUAGCAGUGCUGGAACUGCAACUAUUACCCUUCCAAUAAUAGACCUCAACGAGGCACCAGUAUACACCAAGGCACAACAAGACAAUGUAUGCGUUGCGGACAAGUCUAUCGCUGACACGCUGGUAGGAACAUACACGGCCAAGGAUCAAGACGCAGACGAUUCCAUUGCCUACUCCAUCAACUCUGGAAACAAUAGCACUGGCUUCGCAUACGGGACAGAUGGUAGUCUGAAAGUAGCGACCAAUAAGACACUUGACCAGAGAACCACUGCAACCUACACGUUGGUGCUCCAUGCCAUUGAUGACGGCACCCCAGCCCUGACCGGAUCUACCACGGUGACGGUGAACGUCAAGUCGACAUGCAACGCCGCGGGAGCUUUCGGCACAUUGUUUAUUUCUGUGCUACUGACAGUUAUUGUUUCUUUUCUGCUUUAAAUGUAUGAGUUAUCUCAGUACGUUCAAGAGAACAAUUUGGUGUUAACCUUUGUUCGCUUCUUGUAUUAUAUUACCAAUGAUCCUAAAACGUGUGUUGUGUGCAUACUAAUCCGGAUGCCAAUCAGGAUUUCGGAAAUUGUCUCAAUUUGAAAAUAUUAAGGAAUGCUUAAUUUGGAUUACGUUAAAUUGUAAUCAAGAGCCUUAGUAAAUCCAUGAUGAAUUACUGGCGCAGUAACGAUAUUUGGAUUUUCUUAGAGCAGAACUUCUCGCUUUUGGCCAUACUUGAGACAAUUUCUACUGAUAAGCUACCGAUUGUUUGAUUAAAUAAAUGAAAUAAAACGCCA